UGCUCGACCCACUGGCGGUCACGGACUUCCAGUGGAUGCCCGUUCCCCAGACCGGACGAUUGCCGAAACCGCAUUGCAAUGUGCUCAUGGCACAACUGCGAGAUUACUUGCACACUGCAGUACCAGCUCCGUUGAUGGACGCCGGAGUAGAGGUUGUCGACCUUCACGCUUACAUUGCGAAGAUCGACCGCGAGUUCAAGACGCAACGGUACGACGACAUCGGCGCACCAUUGCUAUAUGUACGCAUUCAGAUCGGAGAGGCGACCUGCAACGCCUUGAUCGAUUGCGGAGCAUCUCGCAACUACAUUAUCCAGGACUUCAUGGUGCGCGCCGGCCUUGGUCCACGUGUCCGGAGGAAGUCCCAGCCUACGCAAAUCACUUUGGCAUACGGUCAUACGCACAAGUCCAUCGACCGGUGCAUUGACGCCGUCCCCGUGUACUUUGCCCCUCACGCAAGUGAGGCGGUGUCCUUUGAUAUUCUGGACACCAAAUUUGACAUGAUCUUGGGCAUGUCAUGGCUGCGAAGCGAGGAUCACCCGGUGAACUUCUUCCACCGCACCGUUCACAUUCGUGAUCGGAACGGAGUAUUAGUUCCAUGCACGGUACCUCUUCCUCAUCCUUCGAUCAGCUGCCACGUGGUAUCCGCCGCAAGCAAGCGAGCAUCCGUCAUCAGAAACGACAUCGAGGAGAUGGGGGUGUGUUUUCUCCACGCCCUCCCGCCCCGAGACGCUUCAUUGUCGGACUCGUCUUUGGAUCCACGCAUCACCGAACUUCUCGACGCCUACAGCGACGUGUUCGAAGGUCCGCACGGAGUAGUACCAGAUUGGCCCAUCCGCCACGAGAUCAUCCUCGAGGACGGGGUCGUACCUCCGCGUGGCUGCAUCUACCGAAUGAGCGAGGAAGAGUUAAGUGUGCUCCGUGCACAACUCGACGAUCUUCUAGAGAAAGGCUGGAUUCGGCCUAGCUCAUCGCCAUACGGUGCUCUUGUCCUCUUCGUCCGGAAGAAGAACAAGGACCUGCGGUUGUGCAUCGAUUAUCGCAAGCUCAACGCGCAGACGAUCAGGAACGCCGGCCCUCUCCCACGCAUCGACGACCUUCUCGAGCGAUUGGGCGGCGCCCAGUUCUUCUCUAAGCUGGAUCUCAAGUUAGGGUACCACCAACUCGAGAUUCGCAAGGAGGAUCGCUACAAGACCGCGUUUAAGACACGGUAUGGGCAUUUCGAAUGGUUGUUCAUGCCGUUUGGCCUUACGAAUGCCCCAGCCACUUUCCAAGCGGCUAUGACAACGGAAUUCCGACACAUGCUGGAUCGGUUUGUACUCAUCUACCUCGACGACAUCUUGGUGUAUAGUCGAAGUUUGGACGAACAUGUGGAACACCUGCGCACCGUUUUGGAGCGGCUACGACAAGCCAAGUACAAAGCAAACCGCGACAAGUGCGAGUUCGCACAGCAGGAGCUGGAAUACUUGGGACACUAUGUGACGCCGAUUGCUGCACCUAUAACGAGGUUACAGUCGCCAAAGGUGCCAUUCGUAUUCGAUAACGCCGCACGCCGGUCAUUCCAAGCACUUAAGACGACUAUGCUCAUGGCACCCAUCCUUAGCAUCUAUUACCCCACCCUGCCGACGCGAGUGACUACGGACGCUUCCGGCUAUGGCAUUGGGGCAGUCUUGGAACAGCACGACGGCGAUGACUGGCGCCCUGUGGAGUAUUUCAGCCACAAAGUGCCUCCCAUCAACUCGCUUGAUGAUGCAAGCAAGAAGGAGCUGCUCGCAUUCGUCAUGGCUCUCAAGCGAUGGUGGCACUUCCUCCUUGGGCGUUGUAGGUUCACAUGGGUUACAGACAACAAUCCAUUGACUUACUACAAGAUGCAGGAUACGGUGAGCAGCACGAUCGGACGAUGGAUGUACUUCAUCGACCAAUUUGACUUCACACCGAAACAUCUGCCCGGCCUCUCAAAUCGCACAGCAGAUGCACUCUCGCGAAGACCCGAUCAUUGCGCUAUGACACAUCAUGCCUUCGCAUUCGACGAGGAGCUUCAGCGACAGUUCAUCCGGGCAUAUCAGUCUGAUCCGAACUUCGGCACGCUCUAUGCACAGCUAUCUUCGGAUCACCCGCCGGCCAGCCAUUACCGCAUUGCCGACGGGUACUUGCUCCUCCACUCGAGAGGCAAGGACUUACUAUGUGUCCCAUGCGACCGUCAUCUUCAGACUCGCCUCCUUGGCGAGUAUCAUGAUUCACGACUCGUCGGCCAUUUCGGAGUCAACCGCACUAUUGCACGGCUUCGACAUCGAUUCCGAUGGCCCGACCUCAUUACCGAUGUCACUCGGUAUUGCGACUCUUGUGAAGUUUGCCGACGCAGCAAGCCCCGCAACCGCAAUCCCUACGGCGAGUUACACCCGAUGCCUAUCCCACGGGAACCCGGUCUCUCCAUUGCCAUGGACGUCACCGGUCCGUUUCCUCGCGACCGGCUCGGGCACGACGGCAUCCUCACGGUUGUGGACCGAUUGAGUAAGUACGCGCGUUUUCUCCCUUGCAAGUACUACUCCACGGCUCCCGAGCUGGCACGCCUCCUGCACACUGGUUGGAUUUGUGGCCACGGUGUACCAGAAGACAUUGUCAACGACCGCGACACUCAUUUCAUGUCGGUGUUUUGGACUGCUCUCAUGCACGAGUCCGGCACAACAAUGAAACCAAGUUCGGCUCGACAUCCUCGGACAGACGGGCAAACGGAGCGGGCACAUCAAACCGCUCAAAUGAUGCUUCGUACGCUCAUUCGUCCGGACCAGAAAGAUUGGGUUGACCGCCUCCCCGACAUCGAGUUCGCCUACAACACUUCGGUGCACCCGGCGAUCGGCGUGACUCCAUWCGAGUUGCACCACGGUGGACGGAAAGGCCGCAUCUUCGCCAACCUUCUCCUCCCUCGACCAGCCGACAUUGACGCCGCUUGCUCCCCCGCUUCCGUUCCGAAGUACAGGGACUUGCUGACUCAAGCCUGCGCAAAUAUGCAAAAGGCUCAAGUUCGCAUGCAGCAGCAAGCCAACAGGCGUCGCGUACCAUGUCCCACUAUUAGGGCUGUUUGAAUAAUACUCGAAUAGAAAACAACCUAUGUGCUGUAUUCGUGGACAAUGCAUAUGUGUUACGUUCGGGGGAAAACGGUAGAAGUUUAAACAAAGGUAGAGGGGAAGAGGAGAGGAAGAGGAAAGCUUCAACAAAAUUGAAUAGUCGGU